GCUGGAGAAGGGGUGGAGGGGAUUUUAGCUAUAAACCUGGCUAACCUGAUUAGUUGGACAAUACACAUCCUGGGUACAAAUACCAGCUCCUCCCUACUGUUCACUCCAUCCUCAAGCUUCAGACCUCACAAAUUAGUCGAAAACAUCACUACCAGAUUCUAAACAACAAUGAGCCCAAAAAAUAUCGUCUUCAAGAAAAUUUCCAAGGACAAGUCGGUGGGUGUGUAUAUGGGAAAGAGAGACUUUGUUGACCAUGUUGGCUCUGUGGAUCCAGUGGAUGGUGUCCUUCUCGUUGAUCCUGAACAGCUGAAGGCGAAAAAAGCAUAUGUCACUUUAUCCUGCACAUUUCGAUAUGGAGGUGAUGACAUGGACGUGCUGGGCAUCGCGUUUAGACGAGAGAUCUAUGUGUCAACCCGGCAGAUAUACCCCCCACUGCAGGACAAAGAACAGGGCAUUCUCACCAAGGUGCAGGAUAAACUACUGCGUAAACUGGGUGUCAAUGCCUACCCAUUUUUCUUUGAAUUCCCUGACAACUUACCUUGUUCAGUAGGACUACAGCCUGCCCCAAAAGAUGUUGGAAAGCACUGUGCUGUUGAGUUUGAGGUGAAAGCUUUCAGUGCUGAAAGCCAGGAUGCCAAAGUUCGCAAACGGAGCUCAGUACGUUUGAUGAUUCGUAAGGUCCAGUAUGCUCCAGAAACUCUAGGACCAGCUCCCUGUGUGGAGACUACUCGUGACUUUCUCAUGUCUGACAAACCGUUGCAUAUGGAGGCAAGCUUACAGAAACAGACUUAUUAUCAUGGGGAACCGAUCAACGUAAGGGUCAAAAUUAAUAAUGACUCUAACAAAAAUGUCAGGAACAUCAUAAUUUCUGUGGAACAAAUUGCCAAUGUGGUGCUGUACUCCAGUGACAGUUAUAUGAAGGCAGUGGCCAUAGAAGACUCUGGGGACUCUGUUGAUUCUGGUGCCAAGCUGGAUAAAGUCUACACGUUGCUCCCCCUACUGGCCAAUAACAGAGAGCGAAGAGGCAUUGCACUGGAUGGAAAAUUGAAGCAUGAAGACACCAAUUUAGCCUCUUCAAGCAUCAUCAAAGAAGGUGUUCUGAAGGAAGUUUUGGGGAUCAUGGUGUCUUACAGACUUGUUGUGAAGCUUAUUGUUGGAGGGAUUAUGGGAUCCAGUGAAGUUGGGGUGGAGCUCCCUUUCCAGCUUAUGCACCCGAAGCCUGACACAGUGAAAGAAAGUGAACUGGAGGAUGAAAUGGUUUUCGAGGAGUUUAAGCGCACCUACUUGAAGGGCAUGGCCGAGGAUGAGGAUGAGGGAAACAUUUCACCUGGCGAACACUGAGGAAUGCAUGUCGUUUUUGAAGCAUCUCUCUAUGACUUUUUUUAAGGCUGCUCAAAACAGACAAUCAUAUAUAGAGCAUUGCUGCAAUAAAGCACUUUGUUACUAGCAUUUAAUUAGCAGACAAAGCUGUCAUUUUUAUUGAAUAGCAUAUUUUUCUGUGAACCAACCAAACCAUGCUGCCACAAAGAUCCACAAGGAUCUCUGGAGUUGUAACUGAAAUUAAUAGAGAGCUUUGUUUUUUUAUUUUACAGUAGUGGGAGCACUCCCCUUUUGAUACUGCUGUAGUAGUUUGGUGUGUAUCUUUAGAAAUUUGGAAGAAACUGAUGUCCUGGAGAUUGGUGACUACUGUACAUAGUAAUAGUCCAUAAAAAGUAAAACUACAGAGUAAAAUCC